AUGACACACACCAAACCAAGUUAUAGGCUGGGAUGUGAGAGCAGCUCCCGCACACUGCUCCCUGCUCCUCUGGCCUCAGGCUGGGGCCCCUCAGCAUCCCCUCCACACCCCCUCCGAGCGCUGCAUCAGACCUGCCCCGAAGACCCGGGAUACAAGUACAGGUUAAUGGAGGGGAUGGAGGACCUUCUGUUUUACACCAUCACAGAGGGCAAAGACACCAUUCCCCUGUCGCAUUUCGUCACCGUCCUGAAGAAAACUGGUUUGUUGAUGACGGACCCUCGGCUGCGUGACUGUGUGAAGACCAUGAGACAAGCGUCGCGUGAGUCUGUCGGCCCGGUGAUGAUGGACAAGACAUUGUUCAGAAGAUGCGUCGGCAACAUCAUCCUGCUGCUGACCAAGGCGCUAAAGAAAAAGUUCAUCAUUCCAGAGUUUGAGGAGUUUGUGCUGCAGGUGGAUAAAAUGUUUGACAGCGCACAGCAACAAGAAGGAGGACAGGUGGCUGACUAUAUUCCACAGCUGGCCAAGUUCAGCCCUGAUCUUUGGGGCGUGUCUCUCUGCACAAUCGAUGGACAGAGACACUCUGUGGGCGACACAAAGAUCCCGUUCUGUCUGCAGUCUGUGGUGAAGCCUCUGGAAUACGCCAUCGCGGUGCACAAAUACGGCACGGAGCAUGUGCACAAGUUUGUGGGCAAAGAGCCAAGCGGACUCAAAUUCAACAAACUGUCUCUCAACGACGAAGAUAAACCUCAUAACCCAAUGGUGAACGCUGGAGCCAUUGUGGUCAGUUCUCUCAUUAAGCCCGUGUCCAAUAAGGCUGAACGGUUCGACUAUGUAAUGGAUUUCCUCAAGAGCAUGGCAGGUUCAGAGUACGUGGGCUUCAGUAAUGCAACCUUCCAAUCAGAGCGGGAGACCGGAGAUAGGAAUUAUGCCAUUGGCUACUACCUCAAGGAGAAGAGGUGUUUUCCAGACAAUUCAGACAUGAUGGCAGCCCUGGACUUUUACUUUCAGCUGUGCUCUAUAGAAAUUACCUGUGAGUCUGGAAGUGUCAUGGCUGCCACUCUGGCCAAUGGAGGCAUCUGUCCGAUCAGCGGAGAGCGGGUGCUGAGCGCAGAGGCCGUGAGGAACACCCUGAGCCUGAUGCACUCCUGCGGCAUGUACGACUUCUCCGGACAGUUCGCCUUCCAAGUUGGGUUGCCGGCUAAAUCCGGAGUGUCUGGAGCAGUUCUGUUGGUGGUUCCUAAUGUUAUGGGUGUAAUGUGCUGGUCGCCCCCUUUGGACAGACUCGGGAACAGCGUCCGGAGCAUUCACUUUUGCCAAGACUUGGUUUCUCUCUUCAAUUUCCAUAAUUAUGACAACCUGCGACACUUUACCAAGAAGCAUGAUCCACGCAGAAAAGCAGAUGAAGACCCUAACAAGUUUGUGGUCAACCUCAUGUUUGCAGCCUACAGUGGUGACGUGAAUUCUUUGAGAAGAUUCGCGCUCUCCGGAGUGAACAUGGAGCUGACCGACUACGACUCCCGCACGGCUCUUCACAUCGCUGCAGCAGAAGGCCAAGUCGAAGCAGUCAUUUUCCUCACCGAAAUCUGCAAAGUGAAUCCGUUUAAAAAAGACAGGUGGGGGAACAUGGCCAUCGAUGACGCCAUGCAGUUCGGACAUGCCGUCAUCGUGUCGCUUCUUCAAGAUCAUCAGCAGCUUUCUAACAGAGACACAAUCACGGACACAGACGAGGCCAAGACCAGACUGGACACAAUUACUAGUAUUGCCUCAUGA